GAAAUCUUGGAGAAUAUUCGUCGGUUAUCGGCGGAUGCCGAUCUGCUGCUGCUGCUGCUGCUGCUGCUGGCACCCCUCCCCGUGCGCGGUCCGCGGUCUGGUGUCGUCGACGGUGCGGUGUCAAUGACAGCUGGACGCGAUUAUGGACGCGAUGAUGACGGCAGUCAAUGGCGUACGCGCGCGGUAGAAGUAAAAUCAAAGAAAUCGAGCACUAUAUUGUCUCCAAACUUGGUGCAGAAGCAGAAAGUUCCUAGCACUCAUUCGGAGGGUUACUUUAGUAGCGAGGAUGAUUCAAAGCGGAAAACUGACCAAUUAUCAGAAAGACUUAAACAAUUAGGUGUCAAAAAUUCUUCGAGAGCACAUUCUAGCACAAAGAAGUCUACGAACGAACAAGUGGAUCCCUCUCAUCAGAAUAAGCAGUAUUUAAUGACAAGGUCCUGUGACGACGAAUUACGUCACAGCAAACUGUCGUCGCAAGGCCUGUCGUUGGAGCUUGAAACCAACGAAAACGUGUAUUGGCCAUCCCAGAGGUCCGUAACGAUAAACGACUUGAGUCGCAUUCAGAUCAGCAAUUACGACGACGACGAAACUGAGAAGCGAUACACGAAGAACAUCGAGUACAUCGACGUUAAUCACGAGUGCAAGGAGGUGAACAGUGUGGAGGACAACAAGGUGUCCAAUAUGAACUAUCUCACCGACGAUUUCAAUAUAAAGAACGCGAGUGAGAGCGAGAACAAUUUGUCGAGCGAUCAGCGAGAGCAGUUUGUCAGUUACGCGAUGGAUCUGAACGCGGACGAUAUCGCGGACACCAAUCUGGACGCGUUCAACGUGAGCAACGUCGACGCCAGUUCCGACGGCGCGGUGAGCGAGGCCGGGACGUACACGAUUCACAAGGACUACACCGACGAGGAGAAAGCGAGGAUGGACAUCGACAAGGUUUUCAGCGUCGGUGUGCUGACUGAAGACGAAAGCAACGAGGCAUACGUUCAUAAUUUCAAGAUGAGCAUUUCACGCGAUAAUAACGCAUGGAUAUCGGAAUGGGCCACUCAAGUAGCGGAGCACAACUCUCUGCCUCCGAUAAUAGGCGGCUCGACGGGUCGUACGCCGCCCCUGAGUCCCACCAAGAUACCGUCUCCGAUUCAUACUAGAUCUCAACGAGUGUCACGCAAUCGCUAUGAACAGUCACCUGACAGCAAUCUGGACACGGACUCGUAUGUACGAAUAAAGGAAAGGCUCGGCUUAGUUUCAAGUCAGCAUCAAAUUAUAGACUCCGGUGGAGAAUCCGAUGAUGACACCAGCAACAGUUACAACACGCCGCCUAACAGCUCACAACGUACACCUGUACAUAACACCGUAGUUAGACGCGGCAGCUUGUCCGAGUCGUUGUUUCGACGAGCGAACAACAACGAAAAUAGGCGAAGCGUUCGAAAAUACUUAAGUUCGGCCAAAUCGAAGACUGCUGAUACUAAUGUAGAAUUACUGAAGAGCCCGUCCCAGGUCUUGUCGCCUCCCCAUUUUGAGAGAAGAAGUAGCUCUCUAGAUAGGAAAGAAUAUGCUUCUGAUACAGCGGAAUCUAAUACGUCCAGAAAAAAUAGUGCGAAGUAUAAGGAAGAUUUGAAACAUACGAACAGUCCAAUUUUAAGCCGUCUCAGACCACCUACGCCAAAAUUGACUAACAGCCCAAUUGUUAGCCGUAAGGCUGCUGCAACGAAGAUACUCAAUUCUCCCUUGUUAGAAAGACCUAAGCAUUUAGCGAAACCGUCACAAGCGAAAAAUAUAGGAUAUUUUACGUGUGUCGAAAAUAGUCCAUAUAUGCUGAGAAAGUCCAACAGCACUACGAACUAUCACGAAGGAACUAGUUAUUUUGAUAAGGACAUGCCUAUUAAAGCGCCUAGUAUGCUACGAAACAGUCCGGAGCUUCAACGGCUGAAUAUACAAAGAUCGUCGAGUAACGCGAGCAUCAGGAACAUGAAGUCGCAGAAUCUCGUGUCGCGUCGCAGCAGUUUCAACAGCAGCGACAUCGACAGAAUAUCGAGAGGAAAAUAUGCCUCUAUCGCGUCCGACAGUAGCAGCGAGGCUGGUGAACAACAAAGGAAAUCUCCUCUGACGCCAAUCUCAUCUGGAAUCAAGUUGAAUAGGGCUUUCAGCAUAAGGAGAGCGAGAUUAAACUGCGAGUCCGAUACAACGCCGAAUACAACCCCCGAAGAGAGACGCAGGAGAGCGCAGUCCGAAGUUAAGACUGUAGCGCCUAUGAACAAGCAGCAAAGCUAUCAUCGAAUUCGCACAAACAGUGUCGGAGCGCAUAGCAAGGAUUCGUCGAAGAAACCCGAGACAACGAAAUUCAGAGUACCGUCUAUAUCCAGGACCGAUACUGGGAGAUUCAGUAUGAGAGCGCCAAAGCCGACUCAUCAUCCUCCCGGUCAGAAAGCGAAUCAGAAGCCAAGUAAAGAUCACAAAAAGUCCGGCAGAAGUAACUCCAGUCUUACGUCGAAGGAGGUGGAGUUUCAGAAUUGGAAGCGGCGGAAAAGUUACGAUCCGAUGAAGGCAGCGGCCGAAGGGAGAAAGAAAUUAAUAGACAGUACAAAGAAACAUCACAGUAUCGAGGACGGUUCCGACAACCAUGACAGUUCCGUGCUGAGAUCCGCGAGUUUUCACGGUACAGGGGGUGCCCUCUCGUUAGCCAACGAUUGGUCGGAUAAUGAAUUAAAUUACUGUUACGAGGACAACCAAGUACCACCGCCUAGUAGUCCACAGCUGGAGAGCGACAGUGAUCUGGAAACUUCGUCUUAUCUGCAAACAACUCAGAACGUCGUGUCCGCAAUGUCCGCUCGCAUGACGGGAUAUCGUCCACCACUCGUUUCCGAUAACGAGAGCGACGAGGACACGAGUCAUAGCCUGCGUCCGAAUAUAUCGAAAGAAUUACGCCAUCCGAGCGAUACGGAGAGCAGCGACGAACAGCAUCCACACUCUCCUACCUCCAGCACUAAAUACAACAAAGAAUUUAGUUUGCGUAAAGCAAAAUUGGAUCUACAACGAACAAAACCUGUGUCUUCCAGCGCGAGCAAAGCUAAAAAUUUGUCGCACGAUGCACAUAGCAAGUCUGAGUCGCUUUCCAGUAUCAACAGAACGGAUUCUGGACGACCUAGUAUGCGAGCUAACAGAGGCCUGAGCUUGCCUAAAAGUAAGCCGAAAGAACAAAAGAAGCCAUCGAUGCCAAAUGUACGGGAAGUCGAGAUGCAAAAUUGGAAACGUCGCAAGAGCUACGAUCCCAUGAAAGCCGCUAUGGAAGGACGGAGAAAAGCCAACCUGGCGAAGAAAAAUGCAGCUCUGUCACCGAGUCACGUAGCGAGAUCGCAGAGUUUUCAUGGAUCAGUAGGGUUAGCAAUCAGCGAUUGGAGCGACGAGGAACCGGUCAUAUCCGCAGACGAAGGCCCACUUUACUAGGGUUGUCUUAGAGCUAGUGGGUGGAACACGAAAACGAGCACAUGCGUAAGAUAAAGCCAAUUACAAAAAGUUCUUAUAUAUAUACAUAAAUAUAUAUAAAUUGCAAGAGUAAGCGAAUUUUACAGGAUGUUAUAGGAAUUAAGCACUCCUAUGUCUAAAUAUAAAUCUAUUGAAAAAGAACGUAGUGAGCCAAAUAACUGGGAGAAGUCUUUUCUAUAUUAUAAAUUUGUGGGUUAUAUCGACUGCCCAUUUUUCUAAAUCCUGAGUUACGAAAAUGCGCUUCCUAAAGGUGAUAUUUAAAAAUUUAAUGCCGAAAUUAACGAUAUUAGUAUUGAAACGUCCAAUUGUUUGUGAUUAAUUUCUACGAAAUGUCCCUCUUUUCUCAAAUUAUUUCGUGCUUUUUAUUACGUGCGUAAAGUGAAAAAUAUUGCCUAAAUAUGGAGUAUGUUUCACGUGUACAAUAAUAUUUGAAAGGGAAAGAAUAUUAAGAAAGGAUGUCUCGAGAUGUCUCAAUUGUCAAGCGAGAAUAUAUUCAGUUUAUAAUAGGGAGUGCUAAAUAUACAUAUAUACAUAGAAAGAGAGAGAAAUAUAUGUGUGUCAUUGGUUUAAUUAUGAUUGGACCAAUCGUGUAGCGUUUAUGUACAAAUGUUUUUAUCUAUGUUAAACGUAUUUUUUUCACAUUGGUGCAGGCGAUUCGUCUAAUUAUGAAAUAUUUUCUUGCAUAAUAAUAACUUACGAAUAAUAUAAUUAUUUUUCAUUAAAAACGGAAAGAGCAAACGCGCGAGAAAGCUUUGCGUCUUGAUCUUUCUUUGCGUCUUGAUCUUUCACGAUUGCGAGAGAAUACAAACUCACGUCGGUACUCGCGAUUUCUUUCUGCUCAUACAAAUUAUUGACUCAGAAAGAACGAUGUGCUAUAUGCUCUCUUCCAAAGCGCGCAAUGAAUUGUAAAGAUUUUUCCUCUACGAUAAUUUAAUGUGAUCAUGAAGGGCUUUACAACGAUCUUAAUUAUUAAGGUGUAUAUAUCACUGUCGAUCAAUUUAAUUUUGUACAUUCUUUCUCUCAAUUUUACGUAAGAACUAAUCGAUAUUCGGUUCUCAAUUUGGUUCGAGGAGAUUGUCUCUGUAACAUACUCGACCAGAUAAUAUUAAAUGACACUGACAUAAGACAUAUUUUAUACAGAGGUACUUGUUCAAAGGAAUGUAUCACUUGUUCAUCAUAUGCUUGUUGUUCCAAUAUAAAUUCGAUGAAAAUUUUAUCUAAAUUUCCUAGCGAAUUUCGUGAAAUCUCUACAAGUUCGUUGUGCAUAUCGCAAGCAUUAUGAUAAAGAGUUAUAUUAACGCUGCCUUUAUUGCAUAAUUCUCGGCAGAUCGUACCAUCAUACUAAAGCAAUUUUUCUCGCUUUAAUGUUCGUAUCUCGGCGUUAAAGAAAUGAAAAUUUAAAUUGAGAAAUUUAUAUUUUCUUACUGAUACAACUUACAAUUCGUUGAGUUACAUUUCUCAACAAAUUAUUGUAACAAGUGGAAUUAUGCGAUAAAGGUCGCAAAAGAAUGUGAUAUUAUGACAGGAUUAGAAAGUUACUGAGUUAAAUAUGGUAGUAAUACGAAUUUUUUUGUUAAAAAUUAAUAGAUGAAUGUUUAAUAAUUUUCCUAAUUAUGUUUCAAUUAUAUAUGUUCGGUUCUAAAAAUGUUUAAUUCUAUAGCAUUAUGCAAAAUUUGUUAAUAAUAUUGCGAAGAUAAUUAUAGGAAUAUGCUGUGCGUUAAAAUUCAUAUUUGUUUUUUUAUUAUUCGAGCAAUUAUAUUUAUAAAAAAAUAUUUAUUAUAAUGUUUUUUCAAGAUACAUCCCGAUAUUUAUAGAAUUGACAUUUGAAAGAAUUUAUCAUAUUUUAUACAAUAACAUGCCGCGUAUUCGAAAUUUUUUUUUACAAAUCUAUGCGUAUAAUUAAAAUAUCUCUUGCGAGCGUACAAACUUUUCAUAAUGUUUUUGAACACGUUUCUUCGCAUUCUUUGAAAAGAGAUGGGCUUCCAAUGUGCACACAAACACGUACCAAUAUAUUUUCGAGAUAGAUACAUGGAGUGGAUACACAUAUUGCGUACGUCAUUUUAAUUUUGUAACUGGAAAUAUGAGGAUCAUCAAGGUAAAGGAAAUCAUGUUUCUCAAUUUUAAUUGUGAUUUUAUUUUUCUCGGAAAAUGUAAUCUCAAGCAACAAAGAGAAAUUUCGAUUAUUUCUAGAGAUACUUGUCGCCCGGAUGUCCUCAAAUUUCUAGAUAGAUUUAGCGCGAGCGACGAUACGUAGAGCAUCUUAUUUUGCCAAUUUUCUAAAUAUCCGAUUAUUAACGGAUUUUAGUUUUCUUUUCAUUAAUGAUACCCUACAUCAAAAUGUCGUCUUGUUAAUAUGAUCUGAAUUGUUUGUCUCUAAGCGCUAUGUACACAUGAUUGCUGUUAUUCACAUAAUAGGGUGUAAAAUAUAUGUAUGUGUUUCUCAUCUUGUUUUGUCACACAGAAAGAAGCACGUGUAAUAGCAAUGCGAUAUAUAUUUUUGUAUAUUCAGAGCCUACAGAGCUGUCAAGCGCGUUAAGUUCCAAUUCUACUGUUAAUUAACUUUUAUUAUAAAGUAUAUAUGUACACAAUUCUUUGGCAGAGAAAUGUUAUACAUGAUAGUGAAAUAUAGCAUCCGUAUCGUAAAUAAGAGUGUGUCAAUCGAUCGUAUGUAUCGUAAUAAUAUAUAAGUGUAAAUUGCAAA